AUGUCUUCCAUCCAACUACUCGCCUUGAUUUGUGUGUUUGACGUCCUGAAGGUCUCCCGAGGAAAAACUCUGAAGCUCGAUGUGAAGUACAAACAUAUGCCUGGAUAUGCCUUUGGAUUGUUUCAUACUCUGAUCGACGAGAAUGGCCAGGAGCUACAUGCUCUCGUUGACACUGGAUCGGAUUGUUUUUACCUCGUCUGGAAGGAUUGGUACGAGAAAGCCAGUGGGAACCGCUGCAGUGAUUUCCCCAUAGGGUGUUAUAGAUGUUCGACGCCUUGCUCAGUGGGUGACGUGACGAGAACUGUUACUUUCGCAGACGGAGACGUGAUGAAGAUGUUUCCGCAUAGAGCGAAACUAACGAUAGGUCAGGUAUCGCAGAUCCUCACUUUCGGUCUGAUAUUCGACCAGUCUUCUCCCGAUGGAAUUUCUCCGAUCAAUAUGAUAGGUCUUGGCUAUAAUCGAGGUCAUGUGGACUUCCCGUCUUUGGUGACGCAGUUGCGAUCAUCACAAACUAUAACGACCGGUAUCUUUGCUCUCUACCUGUAUGCUCCCGCUGAUCCCAUGCAGGUAUCCACUGAUGGAGGUCUCCUCCUGGGUGGAGACGAACCUGCAUUAUAUGAGGGUGCACUGCAAUAUGUCGAGUUUUCUAUGGACAAAGAAUACACGGUAAACAUUGACAAGCUACAAGUCGGUGAUGGACCUAUAACUCUUGGUAUCAAUAUGAACCUAAACCUCGACACCGGCUUGAACUUUCUACUUGUCCCGAAGUUAUACUAUGACAAUCUCAUCAAGGACAUUAUAGCUCAAACUGGUAAGGCUGUGGGUACAGAUGUCGACUUCAAGCGUAGUCCAGGAGAAAAGUUAUGGUACUUCCCUUGCCAGUACAUGACCAAAUUGCCAAUGCUGCACUUUGACUUAGGCCCUCAGGGCAUAACUCCAUUCGAGAUGACAUACAUGAACUAUGCCAGGAGGUCGUCAUAUGGUACCUGCCUUCUCACUAUCCGGGAUUACGACAUGGAUGCUUGGGUUUUCCCGGAUCGGAUGCUGAUCGGUAACUAUUUCAAGUUCGACCCUGAUCUGAGGCGUGUCGGAAUCGGCAAGUUGAAACCGCGCUUUUCGUGA